GGGCAGCAGAGCCCCCGGGUCCGGUGAGUUGGGGGACUUUUCCUUUUAAUUGUGUUUGGCACUCCAAGUCUAGCCCCCCCCCCCCCCCCCGCUCUCUCUCUCUCUCUCUCUCUCCAGAGUAUGGAAGGUGGACUACCCAUGCUCAAUUGUCUGUUACAGCACACACUCAGAAGUCUAUGUACAUCUUCAGAUUCUUCCAACUCCUCCAAAUGGGUAUAUGCAGUCUUUUGGAGGAUCUUGCCCCGGAACUACCCUCCACCAAAGUGGGACUAUGGAGGAGGUGCUCUAGACCGUGCAAAGGGAAACAAAAGAAACUGGAUUCUUGUUUGGGAAGAUGGAUAUUGUGACUUUUGCGAAUGCGGAAGAGCUGGAAGUGGGAAUUUGAAGGCAAGAUUUGGAGCUGAUAUCUUCUUCAAAAUGUCUCAUGAGGUCUACAGUUUUGGUGAAGGACUGGUGGGGAAAGUUGCAGCUGAUAAUAGUCACAAAUGGGUGUUCAAAGAUAGCCUAACUGAAAAUGAUCCAAGCUUCAUUUCCUCAUGGAAUGUAUCGCUUGACGCGCAACCACGGGCAUGGCAAUUUCAGUUCCAUUCUGGAAUUCAGACGAUAGCCAUCAUUUCCGUUAGAGAAGGCAUAAUCCAACUUGGCUCGUUUGAUAAGAUUGUUGAAGAUUUCAAUCUGGUGAUAAGCAUACAGAGGAAAUUCAGCUACCUCCAGAGCAUGCCAGGAAUCUAUGCCUUGCAAAGACCAUACCUCCCUGUCCAAGCUCCCUAUACCUUCAAACCCAACAACACCCACAUGUUUAUUGAGCCCACCAAUAACAUGAGUUUUGAAUCUGAUGGCAAGCCUCAUUUGAGUGGAACAAAGAGACUUGACGGCGGCGAUACACCGCCGCAGCGUAAGGCCCUCAACUUAGGCUACAACGGCCCACAAAAUGGCCGGGCCACCGGAGCCCAGCCCGUUUGGCCCAUUCCACCUCUCCUGCCCUACAUGCCUUGCACUCUUGGAGCUCUUCUAUCAAAGGUACCUUUUGUGCCACCAUUGUAUCACCCUAUAGAGAUCAAGAGUACAAGCCAAAAUGUUGAGGUUGAUAAUGGUGAUGGAUUAAGCCAAAUACAGGGUGAUAUAAAAUUGGAGGCUUCUGGUGUAUUAGAAGCUGAUCAAGAAGAAAAACCCAACUCCUUAAAGCCUCAAUUAGGCUUGGGAGAUUGGGUGGGUGUGGAAUAAGGGGUGGGGCCUUUGAGAGAGGACAGAGUGCUCUAAAACAUAUGUAAUUAGGAAAGUGGUUUGUCAAUUGGAUGAAUUUAGUUACUUUUGAGUAUGCUAGUUGGUUGGUUGGUAGCUCA